GACAAUCAAUAUUUUUUGGUAUCAAUUUUUAAAAAUUUUGUGUUUUUCAUAUUCCGCGAAUGGCUGACAGUCUUGAUAAAUCAUCCAAUACAUUAGAAAGUAUAUCAUUAAUUGAAGCAAAUAUUAAAAAUCUAAAGGAUGAAGUCAUUAACUCACUUCUGGAAACGGCACAACUGGCACAAACAAGAAUCCUGCAGAUUCAGGAAGAGACCAUUGCAAAAAUUCACGAACUUGAAGACGAUGAUACCAGCGAUGCCAGGAAAUACAUAACUUGUGCCAAGGAUGAGGGUUGCAAGAGAAUGAAACAAGUAUGGCACCUCUCGCGAGUUGGCUUACAUAAUCUUUCUGACGAAUCUAAUUUUCUAAUAAAAAAACUCAUGAAUUCCGUUAAAGAUUAUAAUUCGCAGUUGAGUACUCCGAUUGAACAAAUGGUGGAUGAUAUUUUGAAGGCCACGGGUUAUAAGGCAUAUGACCUCGUAAAGGUUCUGAAAAAGAGAACAAAAGAACUUAAGAAAGAAUUAGAGAAAACUUCAACGGCUGCCAAAAAAUUUCAGAAAGCGAAACAAAAAAAGGCUGUCAAAUAUAAGUAAUCUGAAUUUUUAUAUUGAAGGUCAUGUACUAGCUCUUAAUGACCUAAAGAAUUUCAAAAGUUGUUUAUAAAAAAUACAUUAAUAUUGAGGAAUAUUAGUCAUUAAUUUUAGGUUGUCCAAAAUUAUAAAUAUAGAAAAUUAUUGUAUUUCAUUUAAAUAUUUCAGA